GUGAUUAUAAACACAUCAUAUCAUCCUUAGCCCUAACAUACUCAUACAUCUGAACUCACAAUUCAUGCACGCGCGCCUCUCAGUCUUUUCUGUAAGCUGUAGCCAUGAAGCAGAGUAGUAGCCAUCACCCAACAAAGCUUAAAACCACCCCAAGACCACUCUUUUCUUGCGCUUUCUUCCGCCAUUGCACUCAAACUGUGCUCAGCCCCACUACCACCACUCCCCCACCUCUCCCUUCUUCAAGUUCCGAUCCCUUGCCACCAUUACACCAUUCUAAUAAGCCGCCGCCGCCGCCGGCUGCUCGUUCCGAGUCCGAGUCAUCGUCCUCUUCUUCUAACACUUCCCAGAGUUUCACCCAGUGGAGGUUCCCACUCCCGACCUCGCCCCUUCCGCAUAUUCAAUCCCAUUUCGAAACCCACCCCAAACCAGAAUCAGACGGCGGCGCUCCUCCGCCUCCGCUGCUGACGGCGAACUUGGAGGAGCUGUUCCACGUGGCGGAGCUCCAGUUCAGUACGGCUUCGGAUACGGAUCGUGUCAAGACGAUCCAUAUGUUGGAACGGUCACUUGUUCCGAACCCGGCGUCAGCGUCGGCGGAGUGCCCUGCCACGGUGAUGAGAGAGGUGGUAGGGUGCUUGAAGGAUAGAGUGACUGCCAAGCCGGCCAGCAAGGUGCUUCUGGCGCUUUGCUUGGCGGAGAGGAACCGACGCGUGGCGGUUGAGGUGGGGGCGGUGGGGAUGGUGGUGGAGGCGCUGUCGGACUUGGAGGGUCCCGUGGCGGAGAGAGCGCUGGCGGCUUUGGAACUGCUGUGCACGGUGGAGGAGGGGGCUGCUGAGGUGAGAUCACACGCGCUGGCGGUGCUGAUGAUGGUGGAGGUGAUGGGGAGGAUGGAAGGUAGGGGUAAAGAAUAUGCGAUAAGUGUGUUGGCAGUGAUAUACGGUAGUGGGUCCGACCACGGCGCCGCAAUUGCUCCGCCGGAGGAGGUGGCGCGUGCAGUCAUGCUGGCUUUGCAAGGUAAUUGUAGCACUAGAGGUAGGAGAAAAGGGACCCAGCUGCUGAAGACUUGCAAGAACAUGAUGGCAACGACUCAACAGGCGUAGGAGAUCGAUGCAGCAGAUUGAGAUGAACGGUCCUGAUCGAUUCUUUUUCCCAUGUUCUUCUGUUUAAAUAUGUAUGAGAAAGUGAGAAUAGUAUGGAAUAUAAUCUUAAUUUGUUUACCUAAGCUAUUGAAUCCACAAAUGAUUUUGUCAGGUGGAAAAACAAUUUUACCAAAAGUUUCAUCAAAAUUAAUACUCCC